AUGGACUGGAAGAACGCGCAAGUCGCCGAACGCUACAAGCCCGGCGAGGCCAUGACCGGCCCCUUCGCCGCGCACCUCAUCGACCUCUCCGGUCUCUCCACGGCAGACGGCUCCUCCGACCUCGUCGUGCUCGACAACGCGUGCGGCACCGGCAUCGUCACGCUCCAACUCCACGAGCACGUCCCCGCCGCGGCGCGCGCGCGCAUGUCCGUCGUCUCCGCCGACUUCUCCCCGCCCAUGGUCGAGAGCGUCGCGGCGCGCAUCACCGAGAACGGCUGGGCGGGCGCCACCGCGCAGGUCGUCGAUGCGCAGAGCCUGAGCGCGACGCUGCCGACGGCCCACUUCACGCACGUCCUCACCAACUUCGCCGCCUGCCACCUCCCCGACCCGCGCGCCGGCCUCCGCGAGGCCUUCCGCGUCCUCCGCCCCGGGGGCACCAUGGCGUUCACCGCGUGGAAGGCGGUCGGCUGGUACCCGCACACCGCGCGCGCGCUCGCGCUCAUCCCCGGGGCGCCCGCGCUCCCGCCCUUCGCGGACUUCGUGGGCUCGAUGGUCACCGCGACCGCGUCCGGCGAGGAGGAGAAGAGGAGGUGGGUGGACCCGGCGUUCUUCGAGGCGCGCGUGCGCGAGGCCGGGUUCGCGGAGGUGGAGACGGUGCUGAGGGAGAACGUGACGCGGACGGCGGGGGCGGCGGAGCACGCGAAGGCGUAUGCGGAGAUCACGAAGCGGAUGCUGAGCACGGUGUGGGGGGACAGGGUGGACGAGUUCGGGGCGCAGUUUGAGGGGGCGUUGGAGCGCGCGGUGAGGGAGGAGGUCGGUGACGGGGAGGUCGUGUUGAAGUGGGAGGCGUACUGCGUGAUCGCAAAGAAGGCGUAG